UGACUUAUAGCUGAACGCAAACACUUGUCAUAGAUUGAACAGUCAGGGAUCCAUUGACGACAGUAAUUGAUGAGGCCCAGAAAUGCCAUGAGAGCGUGCUUGGUUGCAGGUACCUGAGUGUCCAUAAUGACUUGAACGCGUUCCGGGCUAAGCCUCCUGGAACCCUGAGAGAGGUCAUGUCCCAAGUAGCGAACAGUUGUGAGGCAAAACUGCAACUUCGUGCGGGAGACCUUGAAACCCUUCUGCGCCAGGAGUGUGAGGAGAGACAAUGUGGCGGCAGCACAAGCGUCUUGAUCCUCCGCCGUUACCAGGAGAUCAUCCGCGUACUGGAGCACCGUGGAGCCCCGGGGAAGACAGAGAUCAGCCAGCGCGUCCCGCAAUACGGCAGUGAAGACCGCCGCACCAGUUCCAGGGCAAACAUCACCCUGUCUGGGAAGAAAAGACGAAAGUUGCUGAAACAGCUGCGCCACAUGGAGAAAGAAAAAGCAGGCAUGGAAGUUGAAGAAGCACCAAUGAAGAAACCAACUCCUGCUGACAAGAAGGAGAAGAAAAAUGGUGAUGUGGAGAUGAUGGCUUUGGAAUGAACGAGCUAUAUGGACGUUUUUCAAGCUGCUACUUUUUUAGACUCUGCAGGAGCUGUACAUGAAACAUCGACUGCGUUUGAAAAUACUCGAAAUGGCACUCAUCCUAUAAAUACUGGAUCAGUCCCACAGUGAUUACUGUGAUAAUGUUCAGAUAAACUGAAAGGAUUUCAAGUUUGUAAGAUACAUUAAUCCGUCAGCAGUCUUAAAGCUUUUAUUCCCAUCUGAAUUCUCUUGACAUGUCAUAUCUGGUCAGUUUUUAAAAUUUGCUAGCGUUAGAGUUUCUUAUUGUUUUACCAGCACAAGCUGUACUAUACUUAAAACUGCGCUGCAUUAGCAGUGUUUACGGUAGUUAGACUAUGUCCCUAAUCAUAUUGUGUCUUGCUAGAGGGUAUGCACUGACAUCACCGUAUGCAGAAGCCACUGAGUGGCAGCGUUCAAAUACACACGGCUGCAGCCUGGAGAAGGCGGCGUGGCACGUGUAGCCCGCCAAAGGGUUAUGGUUGGGGCGGGGUUAAAAUUGUGGGUUAUAAUUUAUGGGUGGGGCUACUUGCUGUGUUUGCAUUCAGCUCGAAUACUGCAAAAACCUAAAUGGAAAAACUUUGUGAGAUCUCCAGAACUGCUCCCCCCCCCCCCCCCCCCCCCCCCUUCAUUGUUCCUUCCAGGGCUCUGUAGUGUGGUGUGGCCAAUGACAAUAAAAUUCAAGUUCGGGUUUA